CUACUGAUGAACCUUGGUAUUGUGAUAAAUGUUUGGCAAAGCCUGGUGAAACUGUGACAUGCGCGCUUUGCCCUAAACAAAGUGGUGCAUUUCGUAGAAUGAAGGAUGGUGAUAAGGCUGGGACUUGGGUUCACCUCGUAUGUGCUCUCUGGAUGCCUGGCAUGUGGAUUGGGAAAACAGCAGAAAUGAGCGAGAUUACAAUAGAAAUAAUUGAUCAAAAAAAUUGGAACAAGCCAUGUUGUGUAUGUGGUCCGGGUGAUUCACAAGAAGGCGCUACUGUUCAUUGCGACGCAGGGGAAUGUAAGUCGUGGCUUCAUGUUACAUGUGCACAAUCAUUAAAUCUUUUAGAAUGUGUUGAAGAAGAUCCAGAAAUUUCAGAUCCUUAUUUUGUGUAUUGUCCUCAGCACGGUUCUCAUGGACCACCAAGACUCAAUGAAUGGGAAAGGUGGUACCGAAAACGAGAUAAAUUUCUUGAACAAGUGAGAAAGGAAGAAAGCACUGCACGAUUAAAGCGUAUUAAAUCAUAUCCUGACAGUGGCACUGGUCUUCUUGAAAUAUUUGAAGACAGGUAUGCCAAAUACCGUGGACGAAGAGAACAACGUAUAGCUAGAUGUAGAAGAAAGAUAGCUCAAAUGAAUUCUCAAAUUCAAGGACUCGGAGAGCAAAAGGAUAAAUAUGAAAAUCAAACUAAAGACUAUGCGAAUAAGAUAACAAAUUUAAAAAAAGAAAAUGCUGCUAUUGAAAAAUAUUUGGAACAAGUAAAUGAAAGUUUACUUAUCUUAUCGAAAUCAAUGAUAAAUCUUCCAAAUAAUUCGGCGCUUAAUGCCGCUCAGAGUAGUUCAAAGGUUUGUCCUUCAGUUAUCGAUAAUCCUGCAGUUAAUUCUAUAUUGAAAUUUCUUGAAACAACGCCUGAAGUGCAGUGGACAGAUCAAUCAAAAGAUAUUGCGCAAAAGAUCCAGAUUAACAAACUUGAUACUAGUUGUGUAACCUCUUUAGGCAUUAAAUCGAUACAGCAAAUAGUAUCACAGAGGGAAAAGGAGCAAAAAGUUAAAAAGACUAAGAAGGGAAAAAGACGAAGUACUAAUAGUAGAAAUUCGACAUCCGGAUCUUCUAAAAAAAAGGAUAAAAAACCUGCUGAUACUCGAUCUGACAAUACUGCUACUAGAAGCGUACAAGAUGUUCCUAGUCCCACGGCAAAGAAAAAACAAAGAGGACGUCCUGCUAAGAGCAAAAUUAAUGACUCUAAGAAAAAAAGUAAAGCUUCUAACAAUUAUCCAGAGAAUACGGAUUCAGUAAAUGGUAAUAAUAGUAUUACUAGCUUUGAUUCAAUGCAAGGUGUCCAAGAUACCAGUUUUGUCGAUAUAAUCGAUGCAGUUGGAGAUAGACAGACAAAUGGUGACACUUCUCUUAAAAGUGAAAAUUUUGCUAGCAGUAUUUUUACUAGUCCCGCUUCGAACAUUUAUACAAAUGGCGUAGAUGUUGGAAAAUUUCCAUUUAAUGUUAAUAAAAUUACAAGCAUUGCCACUCUCCUAAAUCCAGUAGAAAACAUCGAGAAUAGCAGCAAUCUUAAUAUAGUUGAUAACAAUCAGAACAUUAUCUUUGGUACAAAUAAUCUUGCCAAUAGAUUAGCCAAAUGUGCAGAUGGAUUUGCCACCAGUAAUGCAGGCGUCAAUGUCAAUACGAUCAAUGAUCUGUUUAACUCCAAUAGGAUUGGAAAUAUUGGUGGAUCAUCAAUAAACGGCAGUUUCAUUAAUUCGACACCUGCAAUGUUUGCUAAUGGCCAACUUAGCGUUAAUUCAGUAUCACGAAAUGGUGGCAAUCUUGCUAAUUCUAUUGCUACUUCCUUUGUUAAUGGAGCUAUCGCUGGUCCUUCUACCGGUGGUAGUGGUAUAGGGCAAUAUCCACAAAUGAAAGGAAUAUUGAAUCCUCUUCAUGUGACAUCGGUUCCUGGAGGGUUUGCUACUUCACCCACAAAUGAUACUGUCGCUAAAAUUUCAUAUCUUACAUCUAGUAUUGUACCUUCUACUGUUCCGCUAUUUACGGCUACUCCUACACCUGCUGGUUUUUUCACCACUACACCUGUUGCUCACGAAGCUUCACCAUCGAAAAGACGAAAAGUAGAAGAAGAAAAUAAUCAAGAAACUCAACUAGAUGGCGAAAAACGUCGAAAAACUUCAAAAGGAAAGCGGCCAUCUAAAAAAGCUUCAGAACAAUCAGAAGAAACUGUUACGGAAGAUGUGCCGGAGCGCCCACAAAUUCCUCAACCCAUUUGUGCGGUUUGCAAUCUUGUACCUCCGCCUUCAACUGACCAACCAUCUGCAACUUAUAUUACCCCUACUAAAGCAAGAAAUUCAAUGUUGUUAAAAGGGAGGGAUAAAGUCCAUCGUAUGAUUCGAUGCAAUUUCUGCAAAAAAUGGUACCAUUUGGCGUGCAUGAAUCCUGCACGACGUACCAUGCCGACUGGAUGUGAAGACUGCGAUCCUGGUAGCGAUGCCUCUGAUGACAGUUCUCCAGAAAAUGAACGUCCGCCAAGUCCUAGGGUACCUGCGGAGACCAACGAGGAUCAGGGUGAUGGCUCUUCACAAUCUACGGAAAAGGGUAAAUCGAAAAAAGACGUAGUCGUGACAAGAAAAUGGAAAUUACGAUCUGCGAAUAAGCAUUAA